AGUGCAUGACCCGUAGUAGUGGUGGUGAUCUUGUUCCAUUUGAUCCAGAAAUUGAGAGAACUUUUAGAGAGUUCUUAAGAGAGCAAAAGCAGAACAUCAUGGCAAAAGAAGGUGAAGGACAAAAUAAUGCACGCACUCUUGGUUCAUAUGCUACCCCAUCCCUUGAAGGAAUAACAUCCAGCAUUAUGAGGCCAGCGAUUCAAGCCAAUAACUUUGAAAUCAAACCAGCUAUCAUUCAAAUGAUCCAACAAACUGUCCAAUUCAGUGGUUUGCCUAAUGAAAAUCCUUAUUUGCAUAUUGCUAGUUUUCUUGAAAUUUGUGAUACUUUUAAGGCUAAUGGUGUUAGUAAUGAGUCUGUUAGGCUUACAUUAUUUUCAUUUUCUUUGCGUGAUAAAGCCAAGAGUUGGCUUCAAUCUUUUCCCGCAGCUGUAAGGGGUAAUCUUAUGAAUAAGACAGAGGAGGAUGGUUAUAAGCUGUUAGAUGAAAUGGCCUCUAAUAGCUAUCAAUGGACUAAUGAUAGAGCUACCAAAAAGGGAGUUGGUUUACAUAAUGUUGAUGCUUUUACUUCUUUAUCUACUCAAAUUUCUAUUUUGAAUAAAAAUUUAGAUAAUUUAGGAGCAUCAACAAUGAGUAUUUCAUCUAAUAGUUGCUGUGAAUUGUGUGGGCAAUUGGGUCAUGCUAGUGUUGAAUGUCAAGUAGGCAAUUUAGUUCAAUCUUUUAAUGAGCAAGCUAAUUUUGUUUCUUCUGGUGUGAGAGUACCACCAGGUUUUCAGCAACAAAAUCAGCAAGAAAAGAAGCCAAAUUUGGAGGAGUUGGUGCACAAAUUUGUUAGUAAUACAGAAGCACGGUUUCAAAAUCAAGAUGUUGCUAUUCGGAAUAUAGAAACGCAACUUGGACAGAUUGCUAAUAUGGUUUCUGGAAUAGUUCAAAGGGGUUUGCCAAGCAAUAGUGAAAAAAAUUCAAGGGAGCAAUUGAAGGCUAUCACUUUGAGGAGUGGAAAAGAACUUAACGAGGUAGGACAAUCUGAUGGGAAAGAAGAAGGUGUGGAAGCUGGUGAAUCAAAGCAAGAGGAAGAGCCUAAAAGACUUUUUCAUGAUUCGAAUGUCAAGCCUUAUAAGCCGAAAAUCCCUUUUCCUCAAAGAUUUUUGCAAGCUAAUUUAGACAAGCAGUUUUCUAAAUUUUUAGAGGUGUUUAAAAAGUUACAUAUUAAUAUUCCUCUUAUUAAUGCUAUUUCGCAGAUGCCAAGCUAUGCAAAAUUUUUGAAGGAGAUCCUUGCCAAUAAAAGGAAGUUAGAGGAGUUCGAGAUGGUGAAGUUAAAUGAAGAAUGCUCUGUUAUUCUUCAGAAUAAGUUACCUCCUAAGUUGAAGGAUCCAGGGAGUUUUUCUAUUCCUUGUAUUAUUGGCAAUGUUAAUUUUGAUAAGGCUUUGUGUGAUUUGGGUGCUAGCAUUAAUUUGAUGCCUUUUCAUGUAUUUAGGAAACUUGGAUUAGGAGAACCUUCACCUACCACCGUCUCUCUUCAAUUGGCGGAUAGAAGCAUAAAAUAUCCAAGAGGAGUGGUAGAUGAUGUUUUGGUAAAAGUUGACAAAUUUAUUUUUCCUGUUGAUUUUAUUGUUCUUGACAUGAAAGAGGAUUUUGAAAUGCCUUUAAUUCUUGGGAGACCAUUCCUUGCUACUGGUAAAGCUCUUAUUGAUGUUCAACAAAGGAAACUUAGCCUUAGAAUACAUGAUGAGGAGAUUGUUUUUAAUGUGUUUGAUGCUAUGAAAAAUUGUGAUCAUGAUGGCAGUGCUGUUUUAAGGAUUGAUGUGGUAGACAAUGUAGUGGCUGAAAAUUUUAAUGCUUCUAGAUUAGAUGAUCCUAUUGAUAAUUGCAUUGUUAAUGCUUUGGAUGUUAAAGCUAAUAGUGCAGAUAAUAACAUUUUGGAGGCAGCAGCUAUUCUUGGGGGAAAAUGCCAUAGGCAGCCACAAAAAGGAGGGAAUUUUCUGCCCUUAGAUGCAUCGUCCACUGUGACAGUCAAGCCAUCCAAAGAGGAGCCCCCUACUCUUGAAUUAAAACGUCUUCCUUCUAAAUUAAAGUAUGUUUAUUUGGGUGAUUCAAAUACCUUACCUGUUAUAAUUUCUGCUUCUUUGACAGGAAUAAAGGAGGAGAAACUCUUAAGGGUGUUGCGAGAACACAAAGGAGCUAUAGGAUGGAGCAUAGUAGAUAUCAAAGGAGUUAGCCCUUCAGUUUGCAUGCAUAAAAUUUUGCUGAAGGAGGGGCACAAGUCGAUUGUUCAGCCUCAAAGACGCCUUAAUCCUAACGUGCAAGAGGUGGUCAAAAAGGAGGUAAUCAAAUGGUUAGAUGCAGGUACGUUCCAAAGAUAUGUGAUGGCUUUAUUUGCUGAAUUUGUUGAUGAGUUCAUGGAAAUUUUUAUGGAUGAUUUUUCAAUUUUUGGCUCUUCAUUUGAUGGAUGCUUACAUAAUCUAUCUAGGGUGCUUAAAAGAUGUGAGGAAACUAACCUAGUAUUGAAUUGGGAAAAAUGCCAUUUUAUGGUUAGGGAAGGUAUAGUGCUAGGUCAUAAAGUAUCCUCUAAAGGUAUUGAAGUUGAUAGAGCUAAAGUUGAGAUAAUUGAAAAGCUUGCUCCUCCUAAAUCAAUUAAAGAAAUUAGAGGUUUUCUUGGACAUGCUGGUUUUUAUAGGAGAUUUAUUAAGGACUUCUCAAAAUUUGCUAAGCCUCUUACUAAUCUCUUGAAACUGGUUAAUGCUUCUAUUGUUGUUGCACCUUGUUGGGAUUUGCCUUUUGAGAUAAUGUGUGAUGCUAGCAAUGAUGCUUUAGGUGCAGUUUUGGGACAAAGAAAAGAUAGGAAAUUUCACACCAUUUAUUAUGUAAGUAGAACAAUGAAUGAUGCUCAAAAAAAUUACACUACUACUGAAAAAGAGUUGCUUGCUGUGGUGUUUGCUUUUGAAAAGUUUAGGCCUUAUCUAAUUUUGUCCAAGGUGAUUGUUCAUAUUGAUCAUUCUGCACUUAAAUAUCUGCUUGCUAAAAAAGAUGCCAAACCUAGGUUGUUGAGAUGGAUUUUGUUGCUACAAGAAUUUGACUUAGAAAUUAAGGAUAGAAAAGGUGUAGAAAAUUCUGUUGCUGAUCAUUUGUCCAGGUUAGAUGAGGUGCAUGUGGAAUGUGGGGAUGAUCAACUUUUUCUUGAUGAGUUUCCAGAUGAGCAACUGUGUUUAGUUUCUUUGUGUGCUUUGUCUUCUUUACCUUGGUACGCAGAUUUUGUUAAUUAUCUUGAACCACUUCUUUACAAGAUAUGUGGCGAUGGAAUGAUUCGGAGAUGUGUACCACAAGAAGAGGUAGAUGCAAUUUUGAGUUUUUAUCAUGACAAAGAAGCUGGUGGUCGUUUUGGUGCCUCCAAAACGGCAUCUAAGGUUUUGCAAUGUGGAUUUUAUUGGCCUUCUUUAUUUAAAGAUGCUUAUGCUUAUGUGAGUGCAUAUGACCAAUGCCAAAGAACUGAUUUCAUGGGUCCUUUUCCUUCAUCAUUUGGCAAAGCAUAUAUUCUUGUUGUGGUAGAUUAUGUGAGUAAAUGGGUAGAGGCUGUUGCAUGUCUUACUAAUGAUGCUAGGGUGGUAGUUAAAUUUUUGAAGAGUAAUAUUUUCACUAGAUUUGGCACACCUAGGGCUGUUAUUAGUGAUGGAGGUAAAUACUUUUGUAAUAGGCAAUUUGAAAAUUUAUUGGCUAAAUAUGGUGUUACCCAUAAAAUUGCUACUCCAUAUCACCCUCAAACAAGUGGACAAGUUGAGGUGUCUAAUAGGGAAUUAAAAAGAAUUUUGGAAAAAACAGUUAACUUGUCUAGGAAUGAUUGGUCACUCAAAUUAGAUGAUGUACUUUGGGCUUAUAGGACAGCUUACAAAACUCCGAUAGGUAUGUCUCCUUAUAGGUUAGUUUUUGGUAAGGCUUGUCACCUUCUUGUGGAACUUGAGCAUAAGGUAUAUUGGGCUAUUAAAUACUUGAAUUUUGAUUUGAAAGAUGCAGGUGAACAUAGAAAAUUGCAGUUGAAUGAAUUGGAAGAACUACGACUUGCUGCCUAUGAAAAUGCCAAGAUCUACAAGGAACGAACCAAGGCAUGGCAUGAUCUACAUGUGCAAAAGAAAGAGUUUCAGGUGGGUGAAAAGGUUCUUCUUUUCAAUUCUCGAUUGCGACUUUUUCCAGGUAAGUUGAAAUCCCGAUGGAGUGGUCCUUUUGUGGUGACUAAGGUUCUCCCUUAUGGAGUUGUUGAAAUUUCACAUGAUACGAAGGGAACUUUUAAGAUGAGCAUGAAUAUGAAAGUGAUAGUCAUUGACUCCCUUGCUUGGUAUUAUUGAAAUUUGAACUAAAAAUCGAGUUGAAUGUUGAUGCUCCUUGUGUUAUCUGUGUGGGGAAGAAUGUACAUGAGCUCUGUUUUUUUUAGCUUUCUUUUACUUGAGGACAAGCAAGAAUUUAAGUUUGGGGGUAUUUGGUGAGUUUAAUUUUUAUAUGCAUUUAUCUACCCUUUUUGAGCCUAGAAUUAAAUUUUAUGGGUCUUUUGUAACUUAGUUUCACCUUUGUUUAUAUUAAAUUCAUUAUUUUUGA